CCGCCCGGAACAGCCCACGGGUUCGGCUCUCCCUGACGUGGCGAGCCGCUAAAGGUCCGCAGGUUGCUCCGUGGGCUGCGGCGAUUGGGCGGACUACCUGCUCGGCACUUUUGACGAAAAAUGUAAAUAAACAGGUGGCAACGGCAUGGGCGAGAGCGUGGUUUAUGCAAAUAAAAGAGAAGUGAAAGGGCGACAUUCGGUUUCCAGGCUCAACCGGUCUCUCAGACGCAAUGGUUGGCAGAUAGUUGGAGAAAAGGCGUUGGAUUUUAAUACGAGGUGCCAGCAGCGCAGCCAUGCCUCAGCUCACGGCCACGGCGGUGCUGCAGCUCGUGCUCCUGCUGUCCGCUGUGCCCGCGCAGUACUACAUCUCCCGCUGGAGCGGCUCCACGGUGGCGCAGCGCUACCACGCGAGCACACGGUUGCUUAAAAUUUGGAAAGAUUGGAGAACAUCUCACCUCAACUUCACUGCAUGGAUGGACUGGGCCGACCAGCAGAUGUCCAAAGUCACGUCUUUGAUGGACUUCGGACAGGAAGUGGCACCAGAGUCGCUUGCCAUAGAGGCCAUGAUUUUUGACAAUGACCAGGAAUUCUUUGGAGCAUCCAAGGCGGUGCGCAGCCCCCGUCCUCCGUACGUGUUUCUGCGGGUCGGAGAGGUGGUGAUGGAGAGGAAGGGCUACAUGGUUGGGGUGGUGGUGAGCUGGGACUCUGAGCUGCGAGCCCCACCACAGUGGGUCGACAGGGUGUAUUCCAGCUCUGAGGGUCCCAAAGAGAGAAGACGCCUCAUUAUAAAGUACUAUUCAACGGGCCUGGAGCCUCCUCGUGUUCGUUGGAUACUUGCCUCAGACACAACUGGAGCGCGUCACUGGGAUGAGGCCGGACAUUCCCACCUUGGAGAAUUACUUCACCAUUUUGACGGGGAGCGGUUCGUCAUGCAGCCCUGGCUUAGAGAGCUCUUCCCUGAGGAUGGAAUGAGGCGCCUGAUGUCAGAGGUGUGUUGUGUGUGUGUGUGUGUGUGUGUGUGUGUGUUUGUGUGUGUGUGUGUGUGUGUGUGUGUGUGUGUGUGUGUGUGUGUGUGUGUGAUCACACAGGUGACAUGAGAUAUGCAAUGUUAAAUACACCAGAGGAAACGUGGCUUUUCCUUCUAUGUGUGUUUUCUGACUUUCUAAAGGUGUCUAAUAAGAGACAAUUCUCUAGUUCUUUAUUCGUCCAAGAAAUCUACUGGAAUCUAUCAAUCUUUGUUGAAAUGACUGGAAGCUCAGAUUUUGAGCAGAUUGAAGAUAAAUAUCAAAUCCCUCCUUGCUGGAUGUCGACGUGAGAUUUGGAAUAACCCUGGGACUCACUUAUGAAAUGUUGUUACAGUAUACACCUUUAUCACUUUGAAGUAUAAACUCUUUUAAUUUGAUGUGCCAAAAAUAGAGCUACAAACAUCUGAUUUAACAUUUUCUUGAUUUUAAGUUAAAAAACAGUAAAUACUUGAAAUUACACCAUUGCUUUUAAAUGUAUGUAGUUUUUUUUCUGUUUACAAGACUGUUGGCUGAGGUAGAAAAAAAUCUUGAAAAACUGCACUUUUAUUCAGCCAUCCCGAUUAAGCAAUAAAGUACUUUAACCCUGUGU